AUACUGGCGGGGGGAGGGGUGGGGUUAAGAGGAAGCGGAAGUGUCAGAGCAGGCGGAAGUGGUACUGCCCUGAAUACCCUGAGCAGCGAGCGGAGGACGGCUUGACAAACUCACAUCGUUGAGAGAAUAAAAUCGGGAUUCCUAGUACAUCUUAAAUUCUAAAAGAUGGAUAAGAGCGACCUGGUGCAGAAAGCCAAGCUGGCAGAGCAGGCCGAGCGCUAUGACGACAUGGCGGCUGCCAUGAAGGCUGUGACAGAGCAGGGCGCAGAGCUCAGCAACGAGGAGCGCAACCUGCUCUCUGUCGCCUACAAGAACGUGGUGGGGGCACGCCGUUCAUCCUGGCGCGUCAUCUCCAGCAUCGAGCAGAAGACGGAGGGGAACGAGAAGAAACAGCAGAUGGCCCGUGAUUACCGCGUGAAGAUCGAGGGUGAACUUCAAGAAAUCUGCAAUGACGUGCUGAGCCUGCUCGACAAAUUCCUCAUUCCCAACGCAUCUCAAGCGGAGAGCAAGGUGUUCUACCUCAAAAUGAAAGGAGACUACUUUAGAUACCUGUCAGAGGUGGCCUCUGGGGACUCAAAGAAGAAUACGGUGGAGAACUCUCAGAUGGCCUACCAGGAUGCCUUCGACAUCAGCAAGAAGGAAAUGCAGCCAACACACCCCAUCCGGCUGGGCCUAGCCCUCAACUUCUCCGUCUUCUACUACGAAAUCCUCAACUCGCCCGAGCAGGCCUGCUCUUUGGCUAAGCAGGCUUUCGAUGAGGCAAUCGCUGAGCUCGACACCUUGAACGAGGACUCGUACAAAGACAGCACGCUGAUCAUGCAGCUACUAAGGGACAACCUCACUCUGUGGACAUCGGAAAACCAGGGAGAUGAGGGUGAGGCCGGCGAUGGAGAGAACUAGAGCGCACUUCACUGUUAACCCAUCCCCACACUCUUCUUCCUCUUCCUCCUCCUCCUUUUAUCUCUCUUCCUCUUUCUUCUCUACUUCCUCCUCUUCGUACACAUAAACAGCCCGUUCAUUCCCUCGUCCCACUUUUUCAGUCCCAGCCUCCUGACUUCCCUUCUGUAUAACCAACAGCAUGAAUAGUACCUGACCUUCAGACAAAUAUUAAAAACAGAUAUGAGAGGAGGAACCCCCCCCAGAAAACUACUCCUUCACCCCCACCAUUUAAUCCAUCCCUGUCACCCUCCCUCGAUCACGGCACUCCAAUGCAGGCCAGCAACUCAAAACCACUGGCCAGUCUAGUCUUAUAGCACGGGGAGGGUUUUUAUCCAGAACCACCAAAUAAAUUAACGUCUCCUAGAGCCCACAUUCGCCUGUUAUCUUUCUUUCUUCAUUCCACUCUUCCCCUCACUUCCUCCUUCCUAACAUCUCAGUCCCUUCCCUCCUGACCCCCACUCCUCUCUCUAGCGAGUUAAUGCAUUUAUAUAGUUGUCCAUUCCUUCUGUUUUGGCUUUUCUUAGUGUACUGGCAAAAAAAUGGCUGGUUUUAUUCCACUUUAAACAAAAACAAACAAACAAAGGUUAUUAAACUGUCCAUUUAUUUUCAACAAA